AUGUGCACCGAUUCAUCGCUAUCGGAUGAAUUCAUCCUCUGCAUGCUGCUUGCGAAUAAGCGCCUCUUUAGCGAGUGCAUAAUUGACACGGAGAAGUGCUUGUCAGUGGAAAGUGAUGAACCAACUUGGCGUAGCAAACUAAAACUCAUUGCCUUCAUAUGUCGCCUAAUGGUCGGAUGUGUUCAGCACUUUCAAUCGGUGCUAUUUCUAACUAGUGAAAGGUGCCAACGCCGACGGGUGGUAGACUUUAUCUCCUGGACUCUCGAAGUACAGUUUGCGGGCGGGUUGUUCUCUGUGGGCACGGGGCUGGAGCAGAACUUUUUGAAGGAAGUCUCAACAUCUCUCUUUGUUGCUGCAGACAUGGCACUCUCGUGUGUUAGUCAGGUUGCACCGAAGCCAGGACAAAGCAUUUCUGCUGCUGUGAAUGCGAUUGUUCUUGCUAAUUUAACACCCCUUGUCAAUUGUCGAAUUUUCGCCAGCAUUUUGGUGAACCUUUCCAAGCGCAGAGACUCGCGAGCCUUCAGCAUGUGGCUCUCCGACGAAUUCAACGCCUACGCCGAGUUCUUCACCAAUCUGGAAGCUGCUUUUGCGUUGUGGAAACCCUAUGAAUCUACCCCAAAUCCCUCCGAUUUCCACAUUCCGCGCUUCUUGAACCUCAAUAUUGAUCAAAAACAGCUCUCCUCAUCGGUGGAACAAUUCCUCACAACGAUCACGAUCGAGAUUUGCAGAUCGGUGCGGCAUCUACCAAAUGAGGUCUUCCCCUACUUGGAGUCUGCACUUUUGGAAACAACACUCCACGCCUCACCGGUUAUUUCAAUUGUUGCUCAGGAUAUCUGGUGCUUCGUCGUCAGGUACGGUAGUGCCGAGCUCUGCUGGCAGUACGUGACGCUGCUAGGCAACGCAGUGCUUUGUCUGGCGGAGAGGUACGCCUCCCCUACCAAAGGCACACCUCCUUUUAAGGCGCAUCCACCCCUCGAGCAAAUGUCGCGCCUGGGCUGCCUUCUUUCUCGCUUCCUUGUCUUCCUCACUGCUCGUCAACAGGUAGGAAGUACCCUGGUACAGCGAAUGAUGACCUUCUAA